UUUAUCGACCAAUCAACCGGAUGAUACAGUUUGAACAAGGAGCGGGUACCGCGACACAAUGAGUUAGCGACGAAAGCUACCAAUAUCUCGGAAUACAAGCAAAUGGUCACAAGUAAAAAUAAAUACUCAAAAUGGCCACAGUGAAGCCAAUAUUUAUGAGGACUUACGGGAAGAAAAAAUGCAAAUUGACGCCCUGGAUUUCACUGCAGGAGCACAAGCAGGCCUUCAAUAGCUCCACGUCUUUAGACGAUUCCUUGUUUGAACACGCCAAGUACAUCAAAGCCAGGAAAAGAAAACCUAUCUCAGUCGCAGCAGCCAUCAUGACAAGAAAUAACAAGAGGUGUCGUCUGAUUAGCAGCGAGAGCGAGGAAGAUAUGUCAUUUUCUGUGAAAAGUCAGAAAAACCCUCUGCAAAUCAAUGCAACUUCCAAAGCAACGAAAAGUUCUCCUAAGGCAAAGAAGAUCCGUGCAACAAGGAGGAAAGCAAAAGAGAACAUUACUAAUGAGGAGGACAUUUUCAGAGUGCCCCUCCGCUCCUGCCCUGAGCCUUCUCCACGGGAAAGCGUAACCAGCAGGAAACAAGCACCUGUGUCAGUCAGAAAAGGGGUCACAAUAAGACGGAAGAAGCAGCAUUGUCCAAUGAGCAGUUCCAGUGACGAAGAUCUGUCAUCUUCUACAAAAAGCCACACAAAGCCACUUCAAAUUAAUACUACUUCCAAUCUUCCCCAUCUUUCAAAAGCCCCGUUUGUGACUUGUCGCCCACGCCGCCCCGUCACCACUAAAGUGAAAGUCUCAAAGGCAAAAGGCAACGUCUUCACAUCCUUGGAAGACUUUACUUCUGGAGAGGAAAGCCAAGUCUGUUUUUCUCGCAAGAAGAAGAGAGUCCCUCUGGCAAUGCUGGAAUCAAGUGCGGAGAAUGCCACCAGCAACCUGGAUACCGAUCCCUUGCUCCUAAAUCAUUCAUCAGAUCACAGCCUUGGGCCGCGCCCCAGGAAGCCUAUCUUUUGCUCUACACCUUCAGUUAGCCUGUCAAGCAAACGUCCCCAUAUUGUUCCGUUUCCGUCCCCGAACCCCACAUCCUUGUCCAUCAGCCACAUAGGUGCAAGUGCAUGCCAAGAAGACCAGGACUCUCCAAGGCAGCCUUGUUCUUCACCACCCAUAGGAUUAAAUUCCAACAAGAAGCAAAACACAAGCCUGCGUGAGCUGAAUGAACAAGCAAGCCCACCUUUCCACGAAGGACAUUCAAAAGACCUUUUUAUGCACCCAAAAAGUAUGAACAAGAGUAGUCGAGACGGCAAGAUGAAAUAUGGUGGGGUGUCGCCAAGCCUCCAUCUGCUGGCUCCUGACAGCGAAAGCGACAGCUGUUCGGUGUCCACAGGGGAAGACUUACUCUCACUGACUGAAGUUCUGAAGGAGAAGUGUUUGGCCCAGCGCUGCACUGUGAGAUUAAAGAGAUUAAACAGCCUGACUCUUAGUCAACUUUGCAGCCAGAGCACCUACUCCUCCUGCCUUACUGAUCUUAGCUCAUAUCACAGAGGACCACCCGCCCAGCAUCAUUUGAUUUCCCUGGAUAAUAAGUUACCACCAGAAGUGUUUUACGAGUCUGGUUUAGCUACCACUCAAGAUGAAGCCUGCGAGCGUUCAAACACAGGGAAUGGGCCGGAGUCUGAAAAUUCAAAUAUUUCCAUCAGCCAUGCACUAUCGCCGUCACUGUCAGCAGAAAGUGAUUUCAAGGAGGUAUCAACAUCAACACACGCUGAAUCCACCCAACACACUGGCAGCAGCUUUGAAUUUUUCACUUGUGCGCAAUUAGCAACCAGCUUUCCUGGGGAAAUUUCAGCAACGGAACAGGAGGCACAUGGUACAUUUCAAGGAAAACGCUGCAAAGUUAGGGCUGAACGAUUGAGGUUGGAGGAAAUUAAAAGCGCAAUCUCCAAAAGAUUGUCAGUAGCACCAUCAAGUGACAACAGUGUUGACACAUCAUGCAGGGCAGAAAGCCUCUCGUGGGCACUGAUCCAAGAAUGCCUAACUGACAAACCCGCAGUAAGAGUCGAGAGACUGGCUUUUACACAACUGAAGGAGCUGCAGCAAAAAGGCAGAAAGUGUCAAUCUUCCUCAAAUUGUUCCGAUUUUACCAACGAGGACCUGACAAGAAACAAGCGGCAGAAUAAAACAGACUCUGAACAUUCUGAAAAGAUUUCAUGCAAAGUUGUGGAAAAGGGCUCGUCUAGUUCUUUCAGGCUUGUGGCCUCUGAAGAAAAAGCCUCCAGAAAAGGCCCUAAAGUUGACCAAAAAGCUUUUGGAAAAAACAAGAAGAUGAGAAAGGGCAUUUUAACCAAGCGUCCUGGUACCACCCGUAAGGCAUGUGUCAGUGGUCUGAGCGUGAGCCGCUGGAAAAAUGACAGUCGAUCGCAAGCGCCGCAUGUGUUCAAGAGGAAUAAUAAAGGGAAUCCUGCCGACUGCACCAUCAACGAUCUGAUCUCGGCUCAACCCAGUGGACUGCCGGGGUUCAUAGGACGUACGUCAAAUUGCACCACCCCAGUGAAGACGUGUCCCCUUAACCUGUCCUCGCUGCUGAUCGACCACACGCUGUCCACGCAGCGCUGGAAUCGGCUUAAAUCCGCCCUCUCCGUUCACCGCAAAGUGCUGCUCACACCGCAGAGUUCAAAAAAGCCGAUGCAAGCCGACGUCAGUCAGCUAAUGUGUGACACAGAUUUGUUCGAGGCAGAGAAGCCCUCUUUUGUGCUGCUCACACCGCAGAGUUCGAAACAGCAGACGCCAACAAACAUCAGCCAGCUAAUGUUUGACACAGAUUUGUCAGAUGCAGAGAAAGUCUUCGCUGAGUGUGGACAACACUGUCCGCUGCCCUGGAAGGAGUGCUUUUCACCUCUUCAAAUGAGACGAUGCGUCAAGAUUGGGGAGGGUACAUUUGGUGAGGUGUUCUCCACCGACAACUCGUCAGGAGAAACGGUUGCUCUUAAAGUCAUUCCACUGGAAGGCAGUGAGAAGGUGAAUGGGGAAGACCAGAAGACGUUCGGGGAGAUCCUACAUGAGAUUAUUAUCUCCAAGGAGCUGAGCAGCCUGAAAGAGAAGACCAGCAGGCACAACCAGACCAGCUGCUUCAUCGGACUUCAUGAUCUCCACUGUGUCCGAGGCUGCUACCCUCCCGAGUUCCUGGAUGCCUGGGACACCUUUGAUAGGAAAAAGGGCUCUGAGAACGACAGACCAGAUUUAUUUGAAAAUGACCAGUUGUUUCUCAUUCUGGAGUUUGAGUUUGGUGGUGUCGACCUAGAGAACAGCAACGGAACGUUGUCGUCAGUGACUGUGGCAAAGAGUAUCCUCCACCAAGUGACCGCCGCGCUGGCUGUGGCUGAGCAGCAGUUGAAUUUUGAACACAGGGACCUCCACUGGGGCAACGUGCUCGUCAAAACAACAAAGCAGAAGACUGGAAGCUUCCUGCUCAACGGAGCAGCACACUCUUUGGAAACUAAAGGGGUGUUGGUCCGCAUUAUUGACUACUCUCUGUCCAGACUUGAAAUUGAUGGCCUAACGGUGUCCUGCGACAUUUCAAAUGAUGAGGAGCUCUUUAUGGGACAAGGAGAUUACCAGUUUGAUAUCUAUAGACACAUGAGAGAAGAAAAUGGUAACAACUGGAACAGCUACCACCCUCAUUCCAACGUGUUGUGGCUCCACUAUUUGUGCUCCAAACUGCUUUCCAUGAGGUACCGCGGAAUGGGCGGCAGGAGCAACAAAGACGCAUUGAAGGAGCUCACACGUUUUCACGACAACGUCCUGCAGUACACUUCUGCAAUGGAAGCACUCGAAAAAUGCCCCAUAUUUAAGUAGCACGCAUAACUAUACGACAUUACCAACGGUGCGCCUGGAGUGUCUCUUGGCAUGGAGCUCCGAGCAGUGAUCCGAUGGCAUCGCCGUUUCAUCGCAUCCGCAUGACGAUACACUUUUAUAGCCUCUUCCUUGUCUUUGACGAUGCGGAAAAUCGGCGGAGCUCCCAGUCCAGCGUUUGUGUGAAUGUGGGGACGCGCAUCCAGUAUGUGGAGCAGAAGCAAUGAACUGUUGGGAAGGUUGUGUUUGUGCUCAAAAGGAGAAGUAUUUGGUGAACCACUCUUGUUUUAGCCCCUCGGUGCCUCUGUGCUCCGUGUAAGCCCCCCUAAAACACACAUUUACACAAAAUGCUGUAAAUCAAUGUGUAUCGUAUCAUUCGUUCGUUCCAUUUUCAAGUGGCAGUUGAAAAAGACCGAUGUUUCAUUCUCCCGUCAAAAAUCUUCCAUGUGAGACAUCAUAAGCUCAGCCCGUAAAUCAAAGUCAGUUUUCUGGCUGUUUUUUUUCUCAGCUCGUCUAAUGGAAAUAAAAUGGAAAUAUGAUACAUCUGCAAUUCUUUUCCUUUUUUGUGUUACAUUUAAAGAGAAAUCAGCAGUGUUUUUUUUUUUUCUAUUGCCAAAUGACGAUGGGGAACAAAUGUAUUUUUGGAAGACCGUUGAAAGUCCCAGCACACUUUAUCACGAAAAUGUGGUGCGGAAGGCCAGGAACCUUUGGGGCAGAUCCGCAGUGUAUGACCACAUUGGAAGGGCAAACCUCGAACGUCUUUCUGCCACGUAUCUACCACUAAUCUGCAAAUUUGCUCCAAUUCUCAUUUUUAAUGAACACUUUGUAUUUGUUACUGCCUUUUCGUGAAAUUUAAAGCAUACUCUUCAUUUUAACUUUUUUUAGUCUUAUCCCAUUUCUGCUUUGAUCUUAUUUUUUCUAAGUUCAUUUUCAUCCUCUCUCAGCAUGAUUUAAAUGCAUGUUGAAUAUGAUCCUUUGAAUUUCUCUUAUUAUUUAAAUUGCUCUGUUUUGAUUUCACAUUCUGUUGAUGCCUUUUAUGCUUUGUGUAAAAUGUACCAUAAAAAUAAAAAUCCCUUGCGUGAAGUCAGAGACCCAGAAGCGGUACAAUUUGGACCAUUUUUUCCAACCAGAAUUUGUAUAAAAUCAAACAUUGGAGUCUUCAGCUCCGUGAGCAUCUUAAAGACUCUAGAUUGUGUGUAUGUACGUUACAAUUAUACAAAUACACACACACACACGCACACACUUGGAGUUCAUUCAUGCAAAAUGUAAUCACCUGUAAGCCUUGUUAUAUUGAGUGUGAUUUGAAAAAAAUAAACUGUUUUGGAAUCAUA